UUUUGUAGCGUUAUGCGGCAGCCACACUAUUUCCUUCUUUUCGCUUUCGUUUCCGGCGAACGGUGUUUAUUCAUUCAUCGAACAACAAGGUAAGCCAUGGCCGACACACAAGCCAAGUCCGCUGCUGCGCCCAAGGCCGCCAAGGCCCAGAAGGCUCCCAAGGCCGCCAAAGCCCCCAAGGCCGAGAAGCCCGCCGCCACUGAGGCCAAGGUUUCCGCCAGGAAGUACAAGCGCCACGGACGCCUCUUCGCCAAGGCCGUUUUCACCGGCUACAAGCGUGGUCUGAGGAACCAGCACGAGAACCAGGCCAUCCUCAAGAUUGAGGGAGCCCGCCGCAAGGAGCACGGAUCCUUCUACGUUGGCAAGCGUUGCGUCUAUGUUUACAAGGCCGAGACCAAGAAGUGCGUGCCACAGCAUCCCGAGCGCAAGACCCGUGUCCGCGCCGUCUGGGGCAAGGUUACCCGCAUCCACGGCAACACCGGUGCCGUGCGUGCCCGCUUCAACAGGAACCUGCCUGGUCACGCCAUGGGACACCGCAUCCGCAUCAUGCUGUACCCAUCGAGGAUUUAAGUUAAUACCCAACUUAAGUAACUGACCUGCAGGAGUAAAAAAUCCGUUUUAUAUUAAAUGAAACAAUUUAAAUUUAAUUACAACCCAACUUUGUUUCACAUUAA